AUGAGCGACAAAGCUUUGCUUGACAUCAGUAUUUUAGAUGCGAAUAUUGCGGAUUCAACGAAAGCUGCGCUGGAGAAAGCCUUUUGGGAUUAUGAAGGAGCACACCUGGAUCUGCCCGAGGUUGACCUGAAGCGCUAUUGGGCUUGCUAUCACAAUGAGUGCGCGAAAGCACUGUACGAAGGUGGCCAGCACAUUGCAACUCGCACGCAUCAAGAUGUCAUAGAAUGCACACGCAUGCUGCGAGACGGGCACGAUCGGGAAGCAGUCAAGGAGUACAUACGCUCAAAGCUCACUACGUUACACAUGAACGAAGACGAGAUUGUCGAGAAUUCUAUCGACCUAGCCGCCAGUGUUCUUCUCAUGAUGAACUUUUGCAGCUACUCCUCUGGAUACUCUAGCCGGCGUGCCCUGAACUGGAACAACAGCAGCUCCUUGCAGGCGCUUCUCCAAGAUUACUUCCACGACGGCAGCGGCGCAGAGACCAGAGAGAACAUCAGGCUGGAAAAGAUAUUUACCGCCCAUAACUUGACACGAAUUGCAGGGCUUGAUGUGAUCUGGACCGACAACAUGCUUGACCACUUGCGACUCACAGACGAUGAUCGCCGCGUGCAUAUUUUCCAUCACGCCUCGUUCCUAGAAGUCCAAAAGCACAGUCCGAACAGCCUCUUACCGUCUCAUCUUGCGGAAGAGACGUUGCGAACACUCGCGCUGCUGCUUCCUUCCUCCGACGCAGGCACCCGAAAAUGGCUCACGAGACUGCCCAACUACCCAAGCCUCGACAGGCGUGCCUCCCGCUACAGGAGGCUCAAGACGGAUGACCGCCAGCUCGAAAAGUUCCCUUUUUGGGGUGAGCGACUGAUUAUGCUCAAGCAAGUCUUUGAUGAAGCACAGCCAAAGUCGCUAUCUCAAUGGUGGUACGACCGACGCAACGGCGUGCAAUGGUAA